AUGUUCAUGUUGUUGACUGCUUUUCUGUGGAAUUUGUCUACGCUCCUGGUCGAAGCGCUCUUGCUAUGCCACGCGUACACCAUAACAAUUGCGGUUGUGCAACUACUGGCAGCCUUGUGGCCCCAGUCGAGCGAAGUCCCAGCUGCAGAUGGGAACAGCGAGAUCGACCCAAAGGCCCCGCCUGGUGAUCGAACAGGCCCUGAUAAAGAAGUUGACAAGAAGAGCCCAGAUACACAGGAACCAAAGACUAACUCCAAUGACAAUAAGGUGAUUCUUCUGGAUGACAGCCUAAAGGAUCCAGUCUCUGAUAAGAAGCUAGAAAGAAAGCUGAGAAAGAAAAUGAAGGCUAAGGAAGCUAAAGAAGCAGCACGUGCAAUCAAACAGGCAAAGAAGGAAGAAAAGAAGAACAAGAAGAACCCUGUAGUGUUCAUGUGCUCCUGGGAUGGCCAAAAUGCGAAACUUGAGGAUUCACCUCAUGUAUUCUUGAAUGGAAAUAAGACCAUUACAAUUCCAGCUCUUGAUUUGAGCAAAGAGGAGAUGGCGCGUAUCAAUGAAGAGACAAACAAGGCAUUGAAUAAGCUGAUGUCAGCCGAAAAGAAAAAGUCCGAUAUUAAGCAAGUAAGUGAAGUAGUUGAUGUGAGGGUAAAGAGUGAAAAGAACGAAAGUGGCUCAUCAAUGCAAAAAUUGUUGGAUCCAGAGCCAAUUGAGCAUCCUCUUCCGAUCUAUCGCCGUCCCAUUCCACAUCCAGCUGCCAAGGAGCACAAAAGGACAGCAUCAGAGAUCUUUACUGAGACAAAGGCAUUGUUGGCUAGUUAUGAAUCUUUUCAGAAGAAAAUUCGGGAAGCAAUUCAGAUUUCUAUGGAGAGACCAGAACGGGUGGUUGUACAAGGCCCAGCCCAGCCUANCAAGUAA